GGGUCGGGCGUGCUGGGAGAAGCGUCCGCAGGAAAAGCGGAAGGUGGCGGAGCGCGUUGUCAGCCGCGAUGGCGUUCGUCUUCAGGAGAGGUCGCGAAAGACCCUUCAAACACAUAGCUCAUGGCCUGGUCCCUGCUGCCACCAUAGCUCCUAAACCUGCAGUUCCCCGCACCCCUCCCCCUCGUAGCCCAAACCCUUCUCCAGAAAGGCUCAGAUCUGCUUUAGCAGCAGCUAUCCUUGCAACAACACUGACAGGGCGCACGGUUGCUAUUCCUCAGCCUCGGCAGCGAUCACUUUCUGAAGGUGAUUCUGCCCACGCAGAACAGGAGGGCUUUGAACCAUAUGCUACAGUCACAGAGCUCAGAAUGGGGCCUAACUGGAAACUUGAUGGCAGUGACAGAUCUCCUGUGCAGUCACUGGAAAUAACAGGCAGUUACUGUGAGGAUGAGGACAUGGAAACCUAUCUUUCAGAUGCUGGCAGAGAGGCAGAGGCAGAGUCCAGCUCUGAGAGUAAUGAGAAACAUGGAGAAAGCUUUAGCACCAGUGCGAUUUAUGCAGUUCCCUGUAAAAACAAAAAGGAAGAGUUUCAACCAUCUCCUACUAAAAAUGCUAAGAAGAAGGAAACAUCUCAUGAAAGUCAGUUUCAGGUGUUGGCGGAUGAGUCAAACACGCAUUCUGAAGAGAACAAACAGCUUGGCUUGAAUUCAAAGGAAGAAAAAUCAUUAGCUGAAAGUCCUAUCCGGGAGAAGCCUCCACCAUCCCCAGAUGUCUCUAUUCGUGCAAGGCAAGCACGGGAAAAUAAGACUAGAGAAAAGCUCAGAGAACUACAACAAGAAAACUGGUCUUUGAACAAGGCAUAUCAGGCUGUGGGUCAACAACUCGAGGGAAUAAAACAGCAAAUGGAAGAACAGCAAUUAAAAGUGAAGAGAUUAGAAGAAGAAAACAGAAAACUUAAAGAAGCUGCAAAGACGACACAUGAUGAAGGAGACACUACAGAAUUACUUUCUCUGAGACAACAAGCACAAGAACUUGUAGAUGAAAAUGAUGCUUUGAAGUUGACAGUCCAUCGUUUGAAUGUAGAGUUAAGUCGCUAUCAAACUAAAUUCAGGCCACUGACCCGAGAAGAGCAUCUAAAACUAAAUAGUUUACCCACUAAAGGACCACCACCCCCAUGGCUGCUGGAUAUGAAGUAUUUGUCUCCUCUUCUGUUGGCAUAUGAAGACAGAAUAAAAGAAAAGGAAGAUUUAAAUUUUGCACAUGAGGAGGAUAUGAAGAAUUUUAAAGUACAAGUCGAAGAGCUGGUGAAGGAAAAUGAAGACCUGCAUGAGCAAUUAAAUACGAAUAACUUAAUUACCACUACAGAAUGGCACCAGCUACAAACUCAGGCCAGACUGGUCUUGGAAGAAAAUAGGUUGUUGAUGGAGCAACUUGAAAUUCAACAAGCUAAAGCAAAAGAUAGUCACAGACAACAUGUUCAAGAAGCUUCAAAAUUGACCAAACAGAUAAUAAUUUUAGAAGAGAAGAAACAGAGUCAAGAAGAACAGAUCAGAGACUACCAGAAGCAGUUGAAAGCUCUACAUACUACUUGUGAAGAGCUCAAAGCCAAACUGGAUAGCAGAAUAGCAGCAGAGGAGCACUUUGCUUUGGUGAAUGACUUAAAAAGCCAUUUACAGCAGGAGCAGGAGAAAAAGCGCUCUGAGGUGGAAGAUCUCAUGGGGAAGAUUGCAUCACUGCAAGCUCAAAACAAGAAACUACUUUUACAAAAAAAUAACUUCCUGGCUGACAAGACAACCCUGGAAGCUGAGAUGGAAAUGACACAGAAAACAAACAGGCGAUUAAAGAAGAAAAUAGGUCUUUUGAAACAGCAGUUGGAGGAAGCAAUUGAAAAAGAAGUUGCAGCCCAUCACUAUCUGACAAACCUUAUCAGUUUGGUGGAAAAGAUAGCGCAGGAACGCGAUCAUCUUAUUUUUUUGGCCAAAUGCUUGGAAAAUGAGAACCAUGGAGUUCUAAACAAAAUAGUAGAAGGCAGUCUACGCUUAGGAAGGUUGGAAGAAAAAGUGAAGCUCUAUAAAAAGAGAGCAGCUGGGAAGCUUGGAGAUAUCAGUCUCAAAUUGACUGAGCAGGAGAAAGAUUUUGCUGGGAAGACUGCUCAGUACCAGCAAGAAAUGAAGCACCUCCAGCGUCUGCUGCAAGACAAACAGGAAACCCUUGAUGAAGUGCUGCAGCAAAAGAAAAAAGUAGAAGGUGAACUUGAAGUCAUUUGGGAAUCCACAUCCAAAGAAAACAGGAGAAUGAGAGAACUCUUACAUAAAUCUUUGGGAAAUAACAAUAUGUGGAAUACUGUUACAGGUAAUAAGUCAUACUUGGAUGAAAUCUCUCAGAAGGAUCUUCUUUAUGGACAUGAUUUUAGCUAUUGCGAUGUGAAACAAUCUCCUACUAAAAAUGAAAAUCAACAACAAUCCUAGCAAUAAGAAUAAAGAUAGCUUAUGGAUUUUUAUCAUCAAUGAUAGGACUGUUACAGAAAGAAUUCUGUGCCUGAAUUUGACAACACUGAACAAUAGAACAGUUACCAUCUUCAAAACUAAUUUAUUUUUCAGAGUCAUUAAUAUGACAACAGCAUAUUCUCUAGCUAUAGUAAUUAUGAAUAUAAAUCUAUACUUUUAUUUUUUGAAGAAAAAGCUGUUCCUUACUCAGGCAAAAUGUGGUGCAAUUCCAAAUUAAAACAAAACAACUCUCCAGUUAAAGGGAAAAAAACAAAGCCGCUGAUAGGCUUGGAGUUGUAACACAGGCAAAGCACGUUCCUGGCUUUAGAUUAACUGAACAGCAAAAAAGAAAGCCUCUGUGUGGUAAAUAAUGUCCCCUAUCAUGCAUCUUUAUUAAAAGGCCUUUUGAAGGCAAUUCCUUCAAUAUCACUAAAUAAACUAUAGAUGAAAUAAAACCAAAACUGAAGAAAAAAAAACAAACAAUUUUGAUGCCUGUUCUCUGAUCUUAACAUCCUGAUUUGCAAGGAUGUUCUUAUAUUGGAUUGCCUGCCAAAGAUCUUGUUCUUUCAAGGACAGAAAUAUUUAACUGCAGAGCAGGUAAGGACACAAACAGGUUUAUGGUGUGUGAACGCACAGCUGUCCACAAAGCAGAACUGCAGGAAUCUAGCCAUCAGCACAUUUCCUCCCAGCUGUACCAAGGUUGAUGAAAUGCUGACAGAAGAUGCAGUCCUCCUCCUGACUGAGCGGUCUGAAUCCCACUUCGGAUUCAGCUGCUUCGCAGGAAGUCACAUUGACUUCUUCCACAGCAUUUUCUGUAGCAGUGCCAGUCCUUAAAUUAGAAUGAUGUGUAUUCAUCUUCAUUUUCCUAAGAAUUGCUUUUUCACAGUUCUGCACAUCAAUACAGAAGUAUUUCAGUAUUAAGUCUCAUUAUGUAUGAAUUCCUAAAUUGAAGUAAUAUAUAUUUUUGGGAUCAGCUUUUUGUUUGUUGCUUCCUAUCCGUAAUAAAAACCCAAAUAGAACCAGAAAAUUGUAACUGCACUGAAAUCUGUAACUGUAGAGGCUGUAUAAAGCUAGAAAUGUUUAAUCAUUACAUUGACUUUGAUAAAGGUAACAAAAAACAUACAAAAAAGUUAAAUACUAAGAAUACAUACUGUUACUCUAAGGGACCAGAAAAUUUCCUGCUUUCUUGAGACAUUUUCUUUCAUAGUAAAGUAAAACCGCGAGGAAUCUGUACUGAGAAUUUACCACUAUUUAAAAAAAAAAAAAAGUUUUAGAAGUUAGAAGAUUUUUAAUUUGUAAAACACGCUCCCCGUGCACACACAACACCAAGGUCAACUGCUUGUAAACAUCACCCAAGGUGGAUGAACUCUGAAUGCGGACAACAAAUACUGUUAAGAAACUUGAAGUACUUUUACAACUUCUAAUUACAAAUCAAAUGAAAUGUAGUUACAUGGUAUUUGAAAAUUGGUGUAAUAAAAGUGAAAGGUUAUUUAGUGAUAAAAGUUCGUGCACAUUGGAUUUUCAAAGCUUUCCAAAUACAGUCCCUCUUAUCACUGUUUAAUCCAUUUAUCAUGCAAUACAGUAGUGUCACUAGGGCGUUAUCUGCUAUCAGCUGAGGUAGCACCUAGGCAGGUUUAUAACCAGCUGAUCCGGCAAAAGUUUUGGUAAUACUUAAGAAUGGUGAUUGAAGUUGCCCAAAAUAAACUUCAUUCUUUUAGUUACCAA